AUGGCUGGAUCUGUGUUUCUAGACAACAGGUCAGAAUUUCUCACUCAUUUGGUGUGCGUCGGAUUUGCUCCUUUGUGCUAUGGGUGUCCCAAUGGCUUGGCAGAAUGUCUCACUCACGUAGUGUGCCUGGAUCUGUAUCGGAGAACUCCCGAGGAUGCAAGAUGUGAAAGAAUCACAGAAUUUGGAGGCACAGACCCUGAAAAAGCCUCCAAAGAUGGACAAAUGGAUAACAAAAAUGAGGACAGAAUAAAGCCAGGGCAGAAAAAUGUCUCCAGGCUGCUUAUGAGGUUUUCCAGGAUAGGGACUCAGAAAAGCAGAAGUUCUGCCCAAAAGUCUAAGAAGGUAUUGCGGUCUAACAUCUCUGUUCAACUGAAAAAAUACCCAAAACUCAUCAAAAUUUCCCCAACAGAGCCUCCUCCUCGUCUUCCCCCACUCAAACUUAAGUUGAUAAAUGUCAGUAGUGACAACAACCAAUACAGAGAUGAAUACCUUCGGCACACCACCUCAAAGAAUAGUCACUCACAUCGCAGGUACCUAAAAUCCAUAAAAGAAAAAAUGAUAAUGAAUAGUGCCAAAAGUUCUCAUAUGAUGAUUGAGGGAAAAAGCAUCCAGGCAGAAGCAAAAUCUUGCAAUAAAUCACAACGUACAAGCAAAUUACGUGAACACAGCACAGUGCCAAUUCGGAAAGCACCUAAACCCAUUAUAGAUCCAGCACCCUUAAGGCAAAGAACAGCUCCUGUCAACCCUGCAUAUACAGUUCGAAAGUCACGGGUUCCCAACACUGUCUAUACACGACCAUAUAGGGACAGGGUGAUUCACCUACUGGCAUUGAAGGACUAUAGUGAAUCUGAACUGGUUAUUCGACUGCAGAAAGACGGUAUCAAAGAAAACGAUAAAAAUUACAUUAGAAAUAUUCUUUAUGAGGUAGCUGAUUUUAAUCAUCAAAAUUGUUCCUAUUCCUUAAAGGACUGUGCUUUCUCAGAGAUCCAGAGAGACUGGCCCGGAUAUAAUGAGAUAGAAAGGCAGACAUUGGAGAUGGUGCUCUCUAGAAAAAUCGGUGCCUUGUCUAGCCCAGAAUCAUCUGCCGAUUCUUGUAGCUACACUCCAUCCUCUCCCGAGGAUCAAUGUUUCAAUUCAGUUCCUGAGGAUCCUGAGGAUCCUGAGGAUCCUGAGAAUCAAUGUUUCAAUUCAGUUCCUGAGGAUCAAUGUUUCGAUUCAGUUCCUGAGGAUCAAUGUUUCGAUUCAGUUUCUGAGGAUCAAUGUUUCGAUUCAGGUCCUGAGGAUCAAUGUUUCGAUUCAGUUCCUGAAGAUCAAUGUUUCAAUUUAGUUGUUACUGAUGAUUUCAUGACAAAUGAAUUUAGGGUAUUUCCCUCAAGAUAUCCAAUACAGUCACCAUCACAUAGCCACUUAAGUAAUGAUUCUGAAAGCGAUGCAGAAACUGCCGAAGAUAUUCUUCCGCCACCAACUCCAUCUUACGGGCCCACUUCAUAUUCUCCUGUUUCUGUAAAUUCCAAUGAUGAUUUUUGUAACACUCAAAAAGAUUCUGAGACUGAAGAUGAUUAUGUGAACGUUACUACUGAAAAGAGUAACAAAGACAUUAUGUCUGAAAUUUGGCCAAAGAAGCACAGUUCUUCAUCAGUAUAUGAAGCAGAUAAUGAAUAUUAUGAUCUUACCCUAAAGGACAAGCAACCGACAGACUCUGCCAGCCAAGAGGAAACAAAAAGUCCAGAAUCAUGUGGAAAUUUUCAAGAAGAGGAUUCUGCUCCCGCAAUCACGACUCUUAUACGAUCUAUUUCACCGGAUUAUAUUUGUAACUACUUUCCAAUACAUUCCUCUAAGCAGCGUCGUCGUUAUGUCCGAGAAUUUAGAGCAAAUUAUGAUGAAUACCACAUCUUGUAUAACAACAUACUGAAUUUGUCUAGACAAAUUAAUGACUUAAAAUGGCAAAAGAAAUUUGCUACUCCCGGCUCUAAAGAAUAUCAGCGUAUUGCUAAAAAACUCAAAUUAGAAUAUCAGAAGCUAGAGGAAACUAAUCCUGGUUGGUUGAAAAACUACUCUAGGUGCUCAUAUCUUCAUAACAAGAUGGCUCACAUACAUAAUUUAAUCAUAGCUUAUGAUCAGAGCCACCACCCUUCAAAAAAGAAGCGCAAAGUUCGACAUGAGUGA